AUGUGCCAACACCAAGAUUUUAUCAGUAGGGUAGCAACACUGACAAGCCCUUCAAAAGUGUCACUUUUCGAUUUGUGCGAAGUCGUGUGUCGCGUUAUUUAUCAUGACAUAGAAAAUAUUUGCAUUAACAAUCGUUCACGGAUACCUUGAUUUAAUACAAUGUUUACUCACGCUUAAUUAACGGUGUCAUGUAAAUAGACUGUGGAGUCGUAGAGUUGUCUAAAGGGCUGAUAAAUGGGUGAAGUAUUAGUGCAAUUGUGUGAAGUGCAUCAAGAGUAACGAUGGAUCGGCGCUGUUCACAGUCCGUCCGGACACUCGUGUUCGACGAUUCAGACUCUGAUCCGCCUAAAAUCGGACAGAAGAAGGAUCUGGUGUCGACUGCGGCUCCCUUGUCGUUGAACCAGAGCGCUGAAGAUGCGACAAAGACUCCCCGCACGAACCUUGUGCGCAUGCGCAGGUCCGCUCUCGGGAAGUCCGCGCCGACGCUCUCUAUUCACGUCAAGGAGCCGUGCGCGGCGUCUCGGCGGCCGUCGAGGCUGCCGCCGCCGCCCCCGCAUCACCGGCUUUCACUAGUGGUCGGGUCUGGUCGCUGCAGCUCCCCUGGCACAGGACCGCUAUCACCAGCCGAAGGUCCGCGCUGGCCCCACGUGCACCACCCGCACCCGCUGCACCACGCGCUCCUCUCGUCGAGCGUCAAGCGAGGAAAAGAGCUCGAUGGUCGCAGGUGGUCGGUGGCGUCGCUACCGUCGUCCGGGUACGGAACCACGCCGGGCAGCUCUAGUCUAUCAUCGCAAUGCUCGUCGCAGGAGCGCCUGCUGGCGGUGCAGGCGGUGUGCGAGCCGCCGCGCGCGCCCUGCCCGCACUGCCACCAGCACCAGAACUCCCUCAACAGUUCCCAAGGCAGCGGCAUGAACAACUGGGCGUCGCUGUCGGACAGCGGCGGCAGCGGCAACACGGCGGCGCGCGCGCCCUCGCCGCAGAGCCCCGCCAGGCGCGUGCGCAGCAGGAGUCUCAGUUCUCCAUCUCGCAGCGGCGGCGGCGGCUCGAGCGGCGGCUCGGGGUCGCGCGACGACGCGGUGUCCGCGAUGUCGGCGCUGUUCGCCGCGCGGUUCCCGGCUGCACAGCGCGCGAUGAACGAUAAAUUAAGAGGCUUAAUAGAUGAAAUAACAGAGUUAGAUAAGAAACCAGACCGACCGCCCAUUGAAAGAUUCGUCCAAAGACAGGUCCUGGAGAUGGCUCGCGACUGCCUCCACAAGUCGGAGUCGAAGCAGGUCACCAGCACGUACUUCUACGACAUGGCUGACAGCUUAGACAGACUACUGGCUGAGACACGUGAAAAGUCAGCUGACGCCGGCAACCAGGUGGCGCCACUGGUCACACGGCUGAUACUCGCGAUGGCGCGGCCGGCGCGGCUAUUGGAGUGUCUCGAGUUCGAUCCAGAGCGGUUCUAUAGGUUGUUAGAGGCCGCUGAGGGGCACGCGAAACAUCAACAGGGCAUAACAUCGGACAUCCCGCAGUACAUAAUCCACAAGCUGGGCCUGUCGCGCGACCCGCUGGCCGAGCUGCACGCGCCGCCGCCGCCGCCGCCGCCGCCGCAGAACGCCUCGCCCUCUAAGACCCGCGGGCGGCAGUCCCCGCCGGGCGGGCAGGGCGGCGGCAGCGCGCCCCCCUCCGAGAGCGACUACCACGUCAUCAAGCUCAUCUCCAACGGCGCCUACGGGGCCGUGUACCUCGUCAAACACAAGCAGACCAGGACAAGAUACGCGAUGAAGAAGAUCAGUAAAAACAACUUGAUAUUAAGGAAUCAAGUUGAACAAGCGUUUGCUGAGAGGGACAUUCUCAGUUUUGCGGAUAACCCCUUUGUGGUGACGAUGUACUGUUCGUUCGAGAGCAAGCGCCACCUGUGCCUGAUCCUGGAGUUCGUGGAGGGCGGCGACUGCGCCACGCUGCUGCGCGCGGGCCCGCUGCCGCCCGACAUGGCGCGGCAUUACUUCGCCGAGGCUGUGCUCGCUGUCGAGUACCUGCACUCCUACGGGAUCGUGCACAGGGAUCUCAAGCCUGAUAAUUUAUUAAUCACGGCAACGGGACACAUCAAGCUCACAGACUUUGGGCUUAGUAAAAUGGGUCUCAUGUCAUUGGCUACUAAUCUAUACGAGGAGUACGCGGACCGCGAGGCUCGCCAGUUCUCCGACAAGCAGGUGUGCGGCACGCCCGAGUACAUCGCGCCGGAGGUCAUACUCAGACAGGGUUACGGCAAGCCGGUGGACUGGUGGUCGAUGGGCAUCAUACUCUACGAGUUCCUGGUCGGCUGCGUGCCCUUCUUCGGAGACACUCCUGAGGAGCUGUUCGCGCACACUGUCAAUGAUGACAUCGAGUGGCCCUCGGAGGAGGACUUCCCGAUCGCGGUGGAGGCGCGCGCCAUCAUCACGGAGCUGCUCGCCAGGAACCCGCGCGACCGCCUCGGGACUGGCGGGACUCACCAAGUCAAGGAUCACAUCUAUUUCUGCGGUCUGGACUGGAACAACUUGUUGCGACGGAAAGCGGAAUUUAUACCGCAGUUGGAAAACGAUGAAGAUACCAGUUAUUUUGAUACCCGCUGCGACCGCUACAACCACAGCGAGGUGGACACGGACGAGGCGGCCGAGCCGCCCGAGCCGGCCGAGGAGGCGGGACUGUUCGCCGCCUUCUCCAGCACCUCGCCGCAGUGGCGCCGGCACUACCACCACUCCUGCGCCGAACACGACUCCCGGAGUACGGACAGCUGGCCGGGCACCCCGGACAGCGCGGGACCGCCCACCACCCCCACUGCCCCCCUACAUCAUCAUCCCAAGUGCCCGAUACUGGGCGGUACAUCAACAGCCGAGUCCUCUCAGACCGACAGCGAUGACGUGUCCCCAGCGGCGCGGCGGCGAGCUGCCCUCCGGCCACACACCACUCACGCCGCUCACGCAGCUCACGCCACUCACGCGCCGCACACCACGCACGCCGCGCACGGGCUGCACGCGCUCCCGCCCAGUCAGCUGCUGCAUCCGCACCCGCCCACAACGUCAUUGGCGUUGGUGCCUAGGAUAUCGGACAUACCAAAGAAAGAAGAGACAUUCAAGAGCAUAAGUUUAGAUCGGCCCGACAAAUCCGAUCGGCCCGAGCGACACGACAGGCCCGACCGGCCCGACCGGCCUGAGAAGACUCGUCCGACGGCCAUCGUGGCCAAGUCUAUGAGGCGGUCUGCUAGCACAUCGGGAUUGUCCUUGGUUAUACAUCCAGCAGACGACAGCACGCUGAGUUUCGGCGCGGGCUCCCCGUGCGCGGGCAACACCUCCUCCACCAACUCGUCGCGCGACUCCUCGCCCUGCCGCGACCCGCCAUCACCGUUCGCGCUGCCUAACCACUCGUUGAUCCAAUCAUCGAAGCCGCCGAUCGUAGUCCGUCGCGGUCCGCGCGGCUUCGGCUUCACGAUCCACACGGUGCGCGUCUACUACGGCGACACCGACUACUAUACCAUGCAUCAUCUGGUCUCGGCGGUGAACGAGCAGGGCGCGGCGUGGGCGGCGGGCCUGCGCGCCGGCGACCUCAUCACACAGCUCAACGGAGAGUCCGUGCAGGGCUUGCUGCACACACAGGUUCUGCGGUUGCUGUUAGCAGCUCCACACGCCACGCUACGGGCUACGCCUUUAGACCAAACUACGAUACAGGCUGGCGGCCGCCGCCGCGCGUGGUGUGGUCGCCGCGCCACAGCCCCGCCGCGGCCGCGCCCGCGCCGCCGUUGCUCGCUGUUCAGGAGGAUAUCCACCAAGAGGGCCUCGCAGGAAAUGCACCAGAUGGUGUCAUCAGGCGAGUGCGCGUCGUCCCCGUCGCCAGCGCCCGCCUCGCCGGCCGCGGACAGUCCGCUACACAACACCACCACCACUCAUUAUCAACGCCCGUCGUCCCUGCACGGCCUGAAGCACAAGCUGGUGGGCGGCGUGGGCGGCGCGCCCGACGUGCGGCGCGCCUCCCUGCAGCACAUGCCGCUGUCGCCGCUGGCGCGCACGCCCUCGCCCUCGCCGCAGCCGCAGCCCGCCUCGCCCACCAGAUUGCAUCCACGCUCAGCGGAAUCCAAAUGCUCAAUCUCCCCACUCUGCUGCGGUGGGUCUGGGGGCGUGGCUACAACGGCCGGUCCCCGUAGAGGCGUGGCCUGGCGUGCCGCCGCCCCCGCCCCGCCCACACCGACCCCACCCCCCGCAGAUAAGCAAGACGAUGCGCCGGCGCCGCUGCCGCGCAUCGCUGAGGAGAAAGACUCACCUACGCAUCAUGCCAGAAACUUGCCAAAUAGAACUCCCGCUAAACAAUCAACGCCCAGCAUCUUCACGUCCUCCCCGAAGCCCAGUCUGGACCGCUCGGCCUACGAGGCGUCCGCAUCCUUCGCCUCGCUGUCUCUCUCCGACGAGUCCUUCGCGAAUGACACGUCCGCUGACAUGUCUAACUUGGACACGUCAAGGGAGGUGUAUUUAGAUGACAGCCGAUCAAGUACAGAGCCAAGCAUGAUAAUCGAAGAAAAACCAAAAAAACCACAAGUCCAAGAACAACCCGCGAUCGAAGUCCAAAAGACCCGAAAGAAGUCCGACUCAAGUCUCAAAGACGAAGACUUGAAGUCGAAAGACAAGCAGAAAACGAAAUCCGAUAAACCCGAAUUGAAAAAACAAGAAUCGAUACGUUCAGAAGAGAAACAGGAACUAGCUUCUGUUAAAGAAGAGAGUAAGAAGGAGAAGGUUAUGGAGAGGACUGGUUCCGUUAAGAAGGUUGAGAAGCAGGAGAAAGAUAAGAAGGUGGAGAAGGAGAAGAAGCAGGAACAGAAGGAGGCUAAGAGGAGUGAGUCUGUUAAGAAGAUUGAGCUUAAGAAACAGGAGUCUGUAGACAAUAUUAAGUCACCAGAACCACUGGAAUCCGAGAGCCGCAGUAAAAACAGUAUGGUGAGCAAGCUGCUCGGCGUGAUGGGCCGCAAGGGGGCGCGAGACAGGGACGACGACGACCACAGAGCCAGCAAGAAAGCCGACAAGCAUGCCAAGAAGAAGAGUGGUAACCAACCGCCUCCAACUCCUCAACCAGCCAAACCGGAACCACCUCCUCAAGACAAGUCCUCAGAUAAGGAGCAAGACGACAAGAAGACCAAGAAAGGCCGCGGUCGAGCCUCCAGCUCAUCCUCAGGCGAAAAGUAAGACAAAACAUACGUAUACCUUCAAGUGCGAGCGAGACAAGCAUAUUUCAGAUUACUCUUAAAUAAUACGACUGAGAUAUAUUCACAAACUAUGUGAGACAAACAUGUUCCUGAUGUUUUGCAAAUGUGCGAGUGGGACAAACAUAUUGCUAAUUAUACGUUCGCUGAGUGCAAGCGAGAUAAAAAUAGCUUAAAGAGACUUGCAGAAAGACAUUGACUUAAGUGCGUCGUAAAAAGCUUUAUAUACAAAAAGUCUUUGAACCUGUGAAACGAGUGUGAUGGGUAUAGACUAAGAAAGAGAACACCAAAGCAAGCUUCCAAUUAAGAGUUAGGGAAUUAUAUAUAAUACACUUACUGGCCCACAGCUGGGCAAAGGCCUCUUUCCAUAUCGUUAAGAAAUUGGGCAAAAAUUGAAAAGGCAUUUAAAACUUCAUUACAUGUCUGACAACCAGUCUUACUACUGAAUACUGUGAUAUCCAGUCAAAUGUAUUGUAGAGGUCAGAUAGGCAAUCGCUUGUAAAAUAUUAUAUUUUCUGAACUCGGUGAGACUGAAAGCAGACUCUAAUAUGACUUGGAAAAGGCCCGAAAGCAGAAAAAAACUCUUCAAAGGUUUGAAAUCUGAAUGAGAUUUGAAACUUCUUAGGUAUGUUGAUUCUGUAAAAUGUUUUUUGCCUUCAUACGAAACUGGCCCAUUUAACAAAAGCUC